UGGUCUGUAUGAAAUGCACUCACACAGUUGGAAGAAAGUGUGCUCCUGAUCUGGAAUGAAACUUCACUGUGAUUUACAACCUUGUGGACUGUGGACAUGCUGCUGGAGCAAUUAAGGUUUCCUUUUGGGAUUUCUUCUUUCCUAAACAAAGCAAUAAAUUUGAAAAAAGAAAGGAAGGAAGGGGGGAAAACCUGAGCCAAGAAAAUACUCAAGAAUUGAAAUUCAUAGUUUUUCAGUAUGAGGAAACCUGCAGAUAAGCAUCAUUUCAUCAUGGAGACCUCAGGGAUGCACCUGGUUGGAUUUUGGCUGCACGUUCUGCUGCUGUCUAGGCUUGGCGAUGCUGCUUCUAAGGAUAUAGUGUGUGAGCCAAUCACUGUACCGAUGUGCAAAGGGAUCGGAUACAAUCACACCUAUAUGCCCAACCAGUUCAAUCAUGACACCCAGGAUGAAGUCGGCUUGGAAGUGCACCAGUUUUGGCCACUUGUCCGGAUCCGUUGCUCCCCAGACUUGCUUUUCUUCCUGUGCAGUAUGUACACCCCCAUCUGUCUUCAGGACUACAAAAAACCUCUACCGCCUUGCAGAUCCGUGUGCGAGAGGGCUAAGAGGGGUUGCUCUCCCCUCAUGAUUCAGUAUGGGUUUGAGUGGCCGGAGCGGAUGAGUUGUGAGCAGCUGCCUAUGCUGGGCGACACCGAUCGGCUUUGUAUGGACAGGAACAGCAGUGAGACCACAACUCUAUCACCUCCUUUCCCCAAACCCACUCCCAAAGGAACGCCUAGACAUAGAGCCACUGCAAAAUCUGCUCCGCCGCAGAAGUGUGACCGUGAGUGCCAUUGUCGAAACCCCCUAGUGACAAUUAAACAGGAUGCACAUCCUCUCCAUAACCGGGUACAUACUGGCUCUCUACCCAAUUGUGCUUUGCCUUGCCACCAACCCUACUUUUCCCUGGAUGAGCAUGCCUUUACAACCUUUUGGAUCGGCCUGUGGUCGGUGCUGUGCUUUGUCUCGACGCUCACGACUGUGGCCACUUUCCUCAUCGACAUGGAGCGUUUCAAAUAUCCAGAGCGGCCGAUUAUCUUCCUGGCUGCUUGUUAUCUGUUUGUGUCGCUGGGGUACAUUGUGCGACUGCUUGCAGGCCAUGAGCGGGUAGCUUGCGAGGGCUCCGGCAACCAACAGCACAUCCUCUUUGACACCACGGGUCCAGCCCUUUGCACGCUAGUUUUCCUGCUCAUAUAUUUUUUUGGAAUGGCCAGCUCCAUCUGGUGGGUGGUGCUUUCCUUCACCUGGUUCCUGGCAGCAGGAAUGAAAUGGGGGAACGAGGCCAUCUCGGGUUACUCGCAGUACUUCCACCUUGCUGCUUGGCUCGUCCCUAGUGUCAAGUCCAUCGCUGUCCUGGCUUGGAGUUCGGUGGAUGGAGACCCCGUGGCUGGGAUCUGUUACGUCGGCAACCAGAGUUUGGAGAGCCUACGUGGCUUCGUAUUGGCACCACUGGUCGUCUACCUCUUCACUGGCUCCCUCUUCCUUCUGGCCGGAUUUGUUUCACUCUUCCGGAUCCGUAGCGUCAUUAAACAGGGCGGCACCAAGACAGACAAGCUGGAGAAGUUAAUGAUCCGGAUUGGGCUCUUCACUGUCCUGUACACCGUGCCCGCAAGUAUUGUGGUGGCUUGCCUAGUGUACGAGCAACAUUACAGGCCAGGUUGGGAGCGGGCCCUGGCCUGUUCUUGCCCGUCCGAGCGCCAGCGGCUCGGCAUGGGGCCGGACUAUGCCGUCUUCAUGCUGAAAUACUUCAUGUGUCUUGUAGUAGGCAUUACCUCAGGUGUUUGGAUCUGGUCUGGGAAGACUCUGGAGUCCUGGAGACGCUUUGUGGCACGGUACCGCCCCUGUAGGACCCAGAAGCCACCUGUAUCAGGCUCAUCCAUGUACAGUGAGGCGAAUACCGCUCUCACAGCCCGAGCCGGAACAGCACCCACUGGGACCUAUCACAAAUCAGCACCCUCAUAACACGUCUGAACAUUGGCCAGAAAACCCUGGUCCAUUAUAAACCCUACAACUGUCAAACGAGUGAAGCAUGAAGUGUGCAGGUCAUGACUCUGAAUGAGCAGGUGUCUGUUCGACCUGAUGGAUUGAACGAAUAUAUUAUGAAGGAUUUUUACAGGCUAUUGGUUGUUUAAUUGUAGUCAAGUUCUUCUUAUUCACUGGUCUAAUUUGCAGAGCAAUGAACAUGUUGAUACUUUGUGAGAAAAAGAGAAUUUGUCUGCUUUACAAUUGUUGCAAGCAUCUUGAUGAAUGAUGGAAAAAAGAUCUGAGAAGGUUAAUACUUGAUAUGAGUCCAGAUGAAUUGAGGGGUUUGUGGAGAUAUUUUAUUUAUUUGUGUAUUCUUGUAAAUAUGCUAUUCAAAAACUUUGUGAUAUCUCAGAUAACAGUCACUCUGUUGUGUUUGUGACUUUAUUGGCAUUUUACAGGAUGUCAGUAGGAUCAUCUCCGGUCUUCUAAUUUACAAAUGUGUUUUAAGGUAGGACGUGCUUUCAUGUGUUCUCUGUAAAAAAACAAAAACAAUUUCAGCUUAUGCGGUGCAAGUGGAGGAAGAAAGCCAGUCUAGUGAAGAAGCAGUUCACAUUCACCUAAAGUUGUUGCAGGCAGUUCUGCACAGGUUAAUGCUCACCGAAUGUUCUUCAGUGUCCCUCAGCAGCCACUUAUCAAAGCCAUCUCCCCACUGAUAAUAGAUUGUUGGUUAGCGUCUAUUGGGCAGUGUUAAAUGAUAGGAUGUGUAUGUACCAUCUAUAGAGUUGUUUGAAGAGUCUGUAGGUCUAUUGUGUGAGCUUGACUUCCCUCUUGUGGUCAAUGGUUCAAUUUUCACGAGGUUCAGGUGUUAACCAGCAGUCAUUCUAGGUUUGUUGAAUAGAACUUGUUUUUUUUUUUGGGCAAGGCCAAAUAUUAACUGGUUUCAAAAUGUGGAACUACAUAAUUUCUUUUGGUCUGUUCAUUUCCUUGUCAAGCCUCAUGAUCCCGUCUUUGGUUAUUUUAUUAACCAUUGUAAUAAAAAUGUAAAUAUGUCAUUUCACCUUAUUUGUGUUUCGAAUCAGAAAACCAGUGUUGGCUAUGCACUUUUAGCAGAUAGAAUCUGUAAAUGUUGUUUUUGUAGUUCUGUGUGAAAUCUUUCAGUGGAGCAUUAAGGUGUAAAUGUAAGCAUUGUUUGGCUACUUUUUACGGUCCAAGCUGUUGUAGAAGUAACAUUUCCUGUGUAGUCUUUAAAAUGCCUCACAAUUUUGCUGCAUGUCUGGUUGUGUGUAUAUACUCGUUUGGCUCUAUUCGUAUGUAAAUCUUGUAGAAGACAUGUCCUUUUAUGAGUCCAGACUGCAACUCUGUACAUAUGUUUUGUAAAAGAUAUGAAAUACAGUGCUACAAUUUUAAAGAGAUUUUUAGAUAUUUAUGAAAAGUGUCUUUUAAACAUGUUUCUUUUGUUUCUCUUACUGGUAGAGAAUAAAAGUGAGGAGCAAUUUGUGAACCUGCAAGUCAAACGUUUGGUCUAUUAUUAAUUAUGCUUUUAUUUUUUCUGCUGUUUUGGAGAAGAAAAAAAAACAAUUC